AUGAAAUCGCAAUUUGAAGUAUACUUAAGAUUGAAACCAUCCAAUAAUCAAUCUUAAAAUUCAAUGCAAUAUUAAUUAUAUCAUAACAAGAGAUUAUAGGUACUAUUACCCAGAAAUGUGAAAUUGGGAAUGAUCAAUAAUAAUAGAGAUAAUCUAGAGUUCAAUUUUACUCAUGUAUUUGAUCAAAAAUCUUCUUAAGAUUAAGUUUUUAGUAAGGUCACCGUCCCUGUAAUAAAUAGUUUCUUAGAUGGCUAUAAUGCUACAAUCUUUGCUUAUGGUUAAACUGGAUCUGGUAAAACAUAUACUAUGAGCGGGGCUGAAACAUGGCAAUUAAGAGGAGUGAUUCCAAGGACACUUUCCUAUAUUUUUGAUGAAAUUGACAAGCGAACCAAGUUCCAAUAUAAAAUAUACAUUUCCUUUAUGGAAAUUUAUAAUGAAAAUGCUUAUGAUUUAUUAGAAAAGAGACACCUUGAAAUUCCUUUAGAAUAAUGGAAUAAAAUAGCACUAUAUGAAGAUGAUUAAGAUAAUAUCCAUUUAAGAGACUUAUCAAUCCAUUCGUGUAAUAACGAGCAAGAAGGUAUCGAUUUGCUCAUGAUGGGCAAUUUCAUUAGAUAGGUAAGUUCAACUCCAAUGAAUCAAUCAAGUUCCAGAUCACAUUGUAUAUUCACCGUGACUCUUGAAGGUUGCGAUACAACCACCGAAACUUAUUUUGUUAGCAAAUUGCACUUAGUUGAUUUGGCUGGAUCUGAAAGAAUCAGUAAAUCCUAAGUUGAGGGUAACCUCUUAAAUGAAGCCAAAUAUAUUAAUCUUUCCUUAACCUAUCUAGAACAAGUCAUAAUAGCUUUAAAUGAAAGAAUGAAGGGUGCCAACAGAUAACAUAUCCCUUAUAGAAAUUCAUUAAUGACUACUCUCCUCAAAGAUUCUCUUGGAGGUAAUUGUAAAACUGUAAUGAUUGCGACUAUUAGUUCUGAGAAUGAUAAUUUAGAAGAGACUUUCUCAACAUUAAGGUUUAGUUAAAGAGUUGGUUAAUUAGAAAAUGAGAUAAGAAGGAAUGAAAAAGUAGAUUUGGAGGCGGUAGUCAAAAGGUUGGAAUAAGAAAAGUUGGUUCUUAUAAGGGAAUUAGAAUAAUACUAAAGAAGUGGGACAGUAAACUCAAAUAAUAAGAAACCUCAAACUUAAUAAUAAAUAUUACCAUAGUAAAAUGGAAUGCCCUUGAACAAAAAGUAAAUUUAAGAAAAAGUAGAACUCUAUUUGAAUGAACAAGUAACUUAAUUGGAUGUUUAGAGUUACGAUGAUGCAUAAAUGUGUUUUGAAGCUAUGAAAGACUUAUACAAUAUAAGAAUGAAAGAAUAUGUUACUGAACUAACAUUUAUCUCUGAAAAAUUGUAGAAAUAUGAUGAAAUCUUAACUAGAAAGAAAGAGCAAAGUUCCUUUUUAGAACAAAAAGAAAACAGUUCUCCAGAAAAUGAAAUUUAUAAAAGAAAUGAAUUUCAGUAGAUUAAUUCUAAAUAGAAACCAAAUUAGUGA